CUCAAAUAAUAUUAUCUUCCGGCUAAGGCAUAUACAUCAUGGCGAGGACUAAUCCACCGGACGGAGGAGGGUCCGGUUCAAGAAGGACAUCAGAUGAUGAGUCAACACACGUUCGCCAGAGAGUGCUAGCUCCUCCGAAAACCGGUUUGCUCAAGGACUUCAAGUCAGUGGUUCAAGAAACUUUCUUCCAUGAUGCACCACUUAGGGAGUUCAAGGGCCAGACCAAAUCUAAGCAGGUGUUGCUCGGGAUCCAGGCUGUCUUCCCGAUCAUCGGGUGGGCGAGAGAGUACAAUCUUCGCAAACUUCGAGGCGAUGUCAUUUCCGGUCUCACCAUUGCUAGUCUUUGCAUCCCUCAGGAUAUCGGAUAUGCCAAGCUCGCGAAUUUGGAUCCAAAAUACGGACUUUACUCAAGUUUCGUGCCACCACUUGUGUAUGCGGGAAUGGGAAGUUCUAGAGAUAUUGCGAUAGGACCAGUGGCUGUGGUGUCUCUUCUUUUAGGAACAUUGUGCCAGGCUGUGAUCGACCCAAAUGAUAACCCUGCGGAUUAUCUCCGCCUUGCCUUCACUGCCACUUUCUUUGCUGGCAUUUUCGAAGCCGGCCUCGGUUUUCUGAGGUUGGGAUUUUUGAUUGACUUUUUGUCGCAUGCCGCGGUGGUUGGGUUCAUGGGAGGAGCAGCCAUUACCAUUGCUCUCCAACAGCUUAAGGGCUUUCUUGGCAUCAAAAAGUUUACUAAGAAAACUGAUAUUGUCUCCGUUAUGAAUUCCGUAUUCGGAGCCGCUCGUCAUGGGUGGAAUUGGCAAACUAUAGUCAUCGGUGCCAGUUUCUUGACCUUUCUUCUCGUCGCCAAAUUCAUCGGGAAGAGAAACAAGAAACUUUUUUGGGUUCCGGCAAUUGCUCCACUUAUUUCCGUCAUUAUCUCUACCUUCUUUGUCUUCAUAACUCGUGCUGACAAAGAAGGAGUCCAAAUUGUGAAACAUAUCGAUCAAGGAAUCAAUCCAAUUUCCGCCCAUAAGAUUUUCUUCUCCGGGAAAUAUUUGGCUGACGGAAUCCGAAUUGGAGGCAUUGCCGGUAUGGUCGCCUUAACGGAAGCUGUAGCAAUUGCAAGAACAUUUGCAGCAAUGAAGGAUUAUCAAAUCGAUGGGAACAAAGAGAUGAUUGCCUUGGGGACUAUGAACGUCGUCGGUUCACUCACUUCUUGCUACAUUGCCACGGGUUCGUUUUCGCGAUCUGCGGUAAACUACAUGGCUGGAGUCCACACCGCGGUUUCAAACAUAGUGAUGGCCAUAGUGGUAGCUCUAACAUUAGAGUUCAUCACACCACUCUUCAAGUACACUCCAAAUGCUAUCCUCGCGGCCAUCAUUAUAUCGGCUGUCCUCGGUCUUAUCGAUAUUGACGCAGCUAUUCUCAUAUGGAAGAUUGAUAAACUCGACUUCUUAGCUUGCAUGGGAGCUUUCUUUGGUGUCGUCUUUGUCUCCGUUGAGAUUGGCCUCUUGAUCUCCGUGGUGAUAUCUUUUGCCAAGAUACUGUUGCAAGUGACAAGACCAAGAACUGCGAUUUUAGGGAAGCUUCCUAAUACGAAUGUGUAUCGGAACACUCUUCAGUACCCGGACGCUGCCAAGAUUCCCGGAAUCUUGAUCAUCCGUGUUGACUCUGCCAUCUACUUUUCUAAUUCCAACUAUAUCCGUGAAAGAGCAUCAAGAUGGUUGCGAGAAGAACAAGAAAAUGCUAAAGCUGAUGGCAUGCCUUCAAUCAAAUUUGUGAUUAUUGAGAUGUCACCGGUUACUGAUAUCGAUACUAGUGGUAUUCACUCCAUCGAAGAACUUCACAAGAGUCUCGAAAAGCAACAUAUUCAGUUGAUCCUAGCAAAUCCAGGACCAGUGGUGACUGAGAAACUUUUCGCUUCCCAGUUCGCCGAGGAGAUCGGAGAGGAAAAUAUCUUCCUUAGUGUUAGCGACGCGGUCGCGGCUUGUUCUCCGAAAUUGGCUGAGCAGCAAGCUUAAUAUUGUCUAUUCAUACAUAUACACAUCCAUAUACGUAUGUGACUAUGUGUGUAUAUAUGAAUGAGGAACUGAUUUUAGAACAAUGUGUUAUUUUUAUUUUGAGAUGAUUUGAUAAUAUGUGUAAUACAUGGUUGUUGAGUUUGAAUCA